AUGGCUUCGAAUUCAGUUCCAUCCAAUUCUCCAACAGAUUUCUCAUUUGUUCUCCAUAAAUCCCCCUUUACCACCAUUACAUCUGCAGCCUCACGACAACCACUCAUCGCUAUUCCUUUAUUCACUGGUUAUAUCAUAUGGCAGGAAACAUGUGUUUUUGGUAAGGUAACAAAGGGAAUGGAGACAAUUAAGAAGAUUGAGUUGUUGGGAACAAGUGAUGGAAAACCUUCUGGUGUGGUAAAAAUUGUGGAUUGUGGCGAAAUUAAGAAGAAUAAUGUGGUGGAACCCGUAAAAAGAAAAAAAACUGUAAAGAAAGAUACUUCUUCUGAUGACAGUUCCGAUAGGCGAGUAAAAAAACGUCAUGGAUCAACUAUCAGGGAGAAAUUGAGGAAACGAAGGAAGUCCUCACCAUCUGAUUCAGAUUCCGACUCUUAUUCUUCGGAGAGUGAUUCCGAUUCCGAUUCGGAGUCCGAAUCAGAAGCUGAUUCCGAUUCUUCAAGUUCAUCUGCUGGUGGUAACAGGAGGAAGAAAAGAUCAACAAAGAAAGAAGUCAAACAGCGUAAGAACAAACGGAAAGAAAAGAGACGGUUGUCUGGCAAAAGAUCAAAAAGAAGGAGAAGGAGAAGGAAAAAAAGCUUCAAUUACUUACUGCAUAACCUACAUUUUGAGUUGCAUCACCAAGCAUUCACCAGAAUUCUAAUGGUGGGGCAUAUAUUAGGAGGGAUUGCCACCUCUCUCCUCUUUUCAGCCUUCGAAUCAUGGCUUGUUGCUGAACACAACAAGAGAGGUUUUGAGCAACAAUGGCUAUCAAUUACAUUCUCCAAGGCAAUAUUUCUUGGGAAUGGACUGGUUGCCAUUUUAGCUGGUUUAUUUGGAAAUCUUUUAGUUGGUUCAUUGGCCAGGGGACCUGUUGCUCCAUUUGAUGCAGCUUCAAUCUUUCUUGCCAUUGGAAUGGCCAUCAUCAUAUCAUCAUGGACUGAAAAUUAUGGUGACUCAUCAGAAAGAAAAGAUCUAAUGACCCAAUUCAGGGGUGCUGCUAUUGCAAUUGCAUCAGGAAGCUCUUUAGCUUCUCGGUUAUUAGCACACACACUGACAUACAUUGAUAUUGUGUUGUGUCGUGUGUGUGUUCACACAUUGUUAAAAGGAUUGGAAAAGAUAAUUGCAAGUGCAGAUAUUCCAAUGUUCAUCUGUGGUGACUUCAAUUCAGUUCCAGGAAGGUUGAUCUCUAGGGCCUGCUAGAAGGAUUGUAUAUUACAGUUAAGCAUCUAUCUAAGACUUCACGGCAAGGACUUGAUGAAUAUAAGUUAGCAAUGUUUUACUUGAUUUGGACAUGAACAAGACUCAAGCAAAGGCAAGACUCAUACUUUGGCAUGGCUAGAAGCUUUGGAGGAAACAAGACUCAAGCAAAAGCAAACACACAGAGAGUUGUUGGUACAUAGUAAGCUAGAUAAUGCGAUUGUAUAUAAAUUCUACUUCUCUUGAGUUCAUUUCUUUUAUUACAAUUACUCAAUAUUGGAAUAAUUAUUUGUAUUUGACAUAUUCAUGAAAUGAAUUAUCUUUGUUAUUUAUGGUA